AUGGAGGACCGUCUGGAAGACUUGACGCGUGCCGCCGCGGCGCAAUUUGGGGCAGGGUUCCGCUACGCAAGCGACUUUGGAACCAGUUGGGUGUACCAGCAACUCGAUAUGCAAAGAGGCAAUCGGGUGUCCAAGACUGUGUCGCGAUUAUACAUGUCGACUUGGAACGCAUUGGACCGCAUGUAUCCAGAAAGAGUGGUUGAUUGGCCGCAUUUGCCUGAGCCACGUCCGAUGUUGCACGAGGAGACGCAUUUUCAUGCCCUGGGACGGACAAAGCCAUUGACACAAGAUGUCAUUCUGUCUGCGUAUUCGCCGCAGGCUGUGCGAAUGGCUGCGCAGGGGAAUGAGGAUGAGUUCUUCGCCGCGAUUUUUGCUAACCCGCCUUUGCAAAUGGAUCUGACGUGGACAAGGAAGGAGCGCAAGCGCGGUUUGAAGGGGCCCACGGAGGAGUGGCCCCUUCAGGCGCAACGUCUGGCAAAGGAAGAGCAGCCCUUGUCGCAAAUUUUUCAGCGGCCGUCCACUGCGGAGGUCACGGAGGUCGAGGCGGCAGGAGUCGGCGAAGUGUACCGCUUUGACUACACGGAGCAGGCGGUGAGACAUCAGAUUCAUCCACGGCGACUGCACAAUCGGAUAUCCGGCUUAUGCUGGAACGCCGGCGCGGUGCGCCAGGGAAUCGACAUCUCAGCCUUCCUCGCAGGCACGUGGUCAUACUUAGCCAUGCAGGAGUGCGACCUCAUGGAUUUGCAACGGUUGGAGAGCUUGGAAUACAGUGUCGUCGCUGUCGCAGAAUCAGGAUUGGCAGUUGCAAUGCCCGAGGAUUUUCUGGCUCGGAGCGGGCAGUUGGUUCAGGCAGUGACUGAAGACCUACCGUCGGGGCAGUGGGCCUUGAGGGGGAUCUUCGGCAAGUUCGACCUAAGAGUUCCAGAGGGGUGGCCUUUGCAGCAUCUUGUCGUGGGGUCUGCUCACCUAAAUAACAUGGUGGCACGUGAAAAGAGAGGACGAACCAGAGAUCUGCUGCAGCAGUUAUUUGCCGCGGCAGUGGAGGCUUCUUGCGACAUUUUAGGUCUUGACCUGAAUCAAGGUUUGGGCCAGUUGUCGGAUGAACUGAGGAUAUUCAUUCAGAGGAACAACUUGCAGCCAGUCGCAACAGAACUGUUGGGAAAUUGCGAAGGCGAUUGCUGCGGGUGGCUACAGCUUCCUGGCUCGCAACUCUUAAAUCUGGCCGUGCAAAGACACGGCCACAUCCCUUUCGACCAUAGAGACUUGCGAAUCCGCAUGUAUGACACGGACUCCCACUACCCUGCCUUCGUCUUUCACUCCGUGGACAACAGUCGCACCAGAGGAGAAGCGAGCACUGCAAGGCUCAAAAGGAAAGAACGUAAGGAGGAGAAGCUGGAGCAGAAGAGAGCCGCGAGGGCAAGCGCUUGGAAGAAACCGGUCUGA